CGGCGCUCUCCUCCUCCGGCCGAGCCGACCCACGACCGCCGCCGAUCCGUGCCGUUCUUCUCUCCCGUUCGUGCUGACGGCUGACGGCGGCGCCCUUUCCUCUAUUCCGUCUGAAGAAAACAGCCCCAACCUCGUGCUCUGCGUACCUAUUGAACCUCAGGAUUACCAUACUUGCACUACAUUGCUCGAUGGAGGAUCUCCCAGAGGAACUGUUUGCAGAAUUUCUCAAAAGGAUCACCAGGACAAGUGAUCUGAAUUCUUUUUCCCUUGUGUCGAAGCGGCUCUACAAGAUUGAGGGAGAUCAGAGGGGUGCUAUCCAUAUUGGCUGUGGCCUUUUCCCUGCUACGGAAGCCUUGGCAUCGCUGUGCACCCGAUUCCCUAAUUUGUGUAAAGUGGAAAUCGACUACUCUGGUUGGACGGUAGGCCAUGGCAAUCAGUUGGACAACCAAGGCCUCUCUGUGUUAUCAUCUCACUGCCCCUCGCUGACUAGUCUCGGUUUAAGCUUUUGCUCAUACAUCGAUGACUCUGGUCUUGGUUAUCUAGCCUGUUCCAAGAAACUAGCGUCCCUCAGGUUGACCUCCACACCAAACAUAACUUCAAGAGGGCUUCUCACCGUGGCUGUUCGUUGCAAGAGUCUUUCUGCUCUCCACCUUAUUGACUGCCAUAAACUAGGUAGCAAAGAUUGGUUGGAGUACCUUGGCUCUGUAGGAUCAUUGGAAGAGCUUGUAGUAAAGAAGUGCGAGGGCAUCAGCCAGGAUGACCUCCUGAAGUUUGGCCCAGGAUGGAUAAAUUUACAGAAGUUUGUGUUUGAAAUCAAGAAAAGAUUCUUUCGUAAUGACGGGGCUGGGCCUGGUGAGGGCUAUGAUCCCUCAUACGACCCUCAUAGCCUGAAUAUGUAUGAUUUCAGUUGUGAGAAUAUGAAGGACUUGAGGUUGGCAGGUAUCGAAAUUGCGACAGGAAAAGGACUUCGUUUUCUCUUUGGGAGGUGCAAAGCACUGGAGAAGCUUUGCUUGGAGUAUGUUCGGGGUCUAAAUGACAACGACAUGGUUGCAUUAUCCCAGAGCUGCAACAAUCUUAAAAGCGUCUCACUUUGGCUGGAUCCUCAGAAUUAUUACGAUACUUUCAGGACGGCAUUUACUGAUAACAGCCUUAAGGCUCUAUCUCUCAGUUGCCCUAUGCUUGAGAGUGUUGAUCUCACAUUUACAGGUUGCUCUGCCAUCUACACGUCAGAAAUAGGCUUCACACGGAAGGGCCUAGUGGCUCUCAUUAAGUCUUGCCCGAUUCGUGUUCUCGUGCUAAGGGGUGCCAACUUCUUUAAUGACAAAGGGAUGAAGGCCGUCUCAUCUGCUUCAUUACUGGAGACACUCGAGCUUGUGGAUUGCCAGGCCAUAAGUAAUGCUGGGCUGCAGUUCAUUGUGCGUGCCCCAUGCUUGAUUAAUCUCACGCUCCGGCUCUGUGACCGUGUGACUAAUGCUGGAGUAUCGAAGCUGGCACAUUCACAGAAGUUAGAGUCUGAUCAUUGAACGUUGUUCCCGGGUCUCUGAGCAGGCUGUGCGUGGGGCUGCCAGAUCAGUUCAAUACUCCGAGUCUGUACCCCUCAGCGAGCUAGAAAAAUUGUUCACAACUUCGUGCAGUUGAUGAAGUGGCCUCCAAAAUUUGUCAGUUCAAAACCCUCUUCUGAAGUGAUCAAGGUGUUGCUUGGUGCUGGCUCUGAAUCAGUUGGAUGUCCCUGACAUCAACUCCGUUAUGCUUCUGCAUCUUCUCCUUAUCUCUCUGAACUUGUUUUUGCUUCGACCUUUUGCUGUCGUUAUUUGCCUUAGUGCGAGAGAAUCUGCAGGGUAUUUUUGACUUCGUACCGGUGCACUUUUCUUGCUCUUGUAGUUUAUUUUUCCUCAGCUUGAUGUUUCCAAAAUUCAGUUACCUACGUGGUUGGGCAGUAAGGUUUUUGUUGCCCAAAUUAUCAAACUUUGUGAAACUGAUAUUGCAGAAGUAGUUGUGUGGUAAGUGUAAAAAUAAGUAGUUUUGGAGAAUUAUGUAGCUGUACUUCUAUAUAUUUUUCUGGUGAGAUUUGUUAUACUU